CCAAAGUGUGUAAAUAUAGAAACAAGAUAACUAGGCUGAUUCAGAGGGAUCUCCUCGACGGUCAUCCUCCUCGCCGCCGGUGAUAUCGUACCAAAGAAAGAAAAAAUUCGAUCCCGUAUCAAGUUCCUCCAUGUUCCAACGAGAUCGAUAUGUUCGGAGUAAAGAAGCGCAGAAGCGAGCGAUCACUCGAGAUUGAAUCGUGAAGCUUUCGUCAACGUCGAAUAAAUUAGAUAAGAUAGACGAGAAUCGCGAGGGAACUUAAUCGAAGUGGACGGCUUUUUGAAAAACGAUCGGCGGAAGUGUCACGAAACGUGAAUCCGAGGCUAUCGAUCUUCGUAGGCGAGAAGGUAGUAUCGACGACGCGACGACACGAAAAUUGUGACGAGCUGGUCGAGUUCUCUGGUAACAUCGAUGCAGUGCUGGCUGGCACGAGUCAGCGUUUCCAAUUCAGCGGUCACAGAGAGCGACAUGCACGAGAAGACUCCCUUUCGUUGAAAAAAAAAAACCUUUCGCGAUUUAUCAUAGUCUUCGCACAAAUCGAUGGCGCUGAAAGGAAACACUCUUAUUUUCUGUAGACCGUUCGAUCGUCGCUCCGUUAAGAAAUAGAAAAAUGCUGGCGUUGUCAAAGGAAUGAAAUCCUCAAAGAAUUUCGCUGAUCUUCGAUGCUUUUUUUUUCUUACGUUUAUGAAACAGAUUUCAUAUAACGAUGUAAUUAAUACGUAGCAAAAGUAAUACCUCAUUAUCGAAAAAGUUACUAAUUGAAACUAGGGUUAGUCGUGGAUAAUAUACACAGAGACAAUAUCAUCUAAAGAAGCGUAUGUUGUGGAGAUUCAAAUGCCGCUUGCUUUUUCAAAUUAAUGAGAACCAAAGACGGGAUAAGUUGCGGACUUUCUAUUCGGGACCCCCGGAAACGAAUUAGCAUCGAAAUAAAACAAACGGUAAGUGUUGUGCCCAGGCAAACAGCAGAAAAGGGUGAGAGGUCACAGACGGCAUCAGGAAGGAAGGAAGGAAGGAAGGAAGACAGGAAACAAGAAAGAAAGAAAAGAAGGAAGGAAGGGUUGGCGAUAGUCGCUUGGAAGCAGGCCGAGGACCCGUCUGGAAAAACGCGGAAAGGGCGACGGUGUCGUGGAAGCGAGGGGGUUCAACGUGCGCGGGGGAGAAAGAGAGGAAGAGGAGCCCCGGUUAUCGUCGGGAGGGGUGUGCAUCGGGGCUGAUAUCGACCGAGGAUUGCGCUUGCGUGGAAAAAGGCGCGAGCGCAAUCGUGCGGUCGUUCCCGAGAGAGAGAGAGCAACGGCGCCCUCCGCGUCGAAAGAGGAAGAGCCCUCCCGUUCCCCGUCGUCAGUCGAUCGUCGCGUCGACGAGGAACCGGCCGCCGUCGCCGCGACCGUCCGGGGAAGACUUCCGGUGUUCUCCUGGCAGAACCGGCAGAGGCCGGGUGCACGACACGGUGAUUCCAACGCCCGCACUGGCCCGCACUUCCGGGAGCGAGCUGCCCGGGUGCGACCUCGCGGAGAGCUCGACUCCGCUCGGCAUCGCGUAGCAUAGGAUCGUCAUCGUCGUCGCCGGGGGACGGGGAAAAACCAGCGCGGGCGGUCCGAGGCGGAGAGGGGCACAGGCCGAGGUAUAUCGGGACGAUAAGAGCGCGAUAAGCGGGCCGCGCUUUAUAAACGCCUAUGCGUGCGCGCACCUCUUCUCCUCUCCUCUCCGUCUCUCUUGCUCCCUUGUUCUCUCCGACCUCAUCGCCGUCACGCUGAUAAAAGACGAAUCUGGAGAUUUCCUCGAGAAAGACCGCGCCGCUACCAGUUCGGAACUGGCGAUGCCUCGUGGCGGUCAUUAGGGCAUUGCGACGAACGGCGAUUCCUAAGAUUCGGAUACGGUGGACUUCCUCAAAUCUCUCGUUCCGUCGCUGAUAACGAUCGGGGUCACGGUCGCGUCCCGCGUUCCGCGUUCGAUCGCCGUGUUCGGAACGUGAAGCGACAUCGAUGCCUGACUGGCGAUUUCAUUCGUUUUGAUUUGGAGUUGUCGUGAAGCGUAUGGGUAAUAAACGGGUAAAAAAUAAAACGGACUGAACAAUUGUGAUCAAUAGAGAAUCUACAUGUCGCACGAUGUCGAGUGUCGUAUCCGUCGACGAGCACGGUUCUUCGGGGUAGCAACGCGUGCUUAUAAAUUUGACCGGAGGGGGGGAACGAUGAUCGAUGUGAGUUAUUUCAAGACGGGCGAUCGACACGGUAUGCUGAGAUAAUCAAAGUCGAGCGUCGAAGUCUCUCGGCGUUAUCAGAGUCUGGGCUGAAUAGAAGCCUAUCGGCACGGCGCGAUGAUUAGCAUGCAGGACUAUUUUGAACAGCUAAUCUUGAACAAUCUAACUGGAUCCGAGCAACCGCAGGAGGAAGUUCAGCUGACCGAAUUGCGGCCGGUGAAGCAAUCGUGUAUCAGAGAAAAUGUCAAGGAUACGGACGCGACCGACGCUCUGAGGGCGCUCAGGAGUCUUUCGGGCGACUGCGACGAUGGCGAGAGCAUUGAUCAGCGAGAGUUCAAUUCCUGCAAGAGCGUCGAGCAAUCGGAAUACCAGGGUGGCAGGCUUCAACGAGUGGAGGCUCAUCGGAAAAAAACGGAAGACAUCAGGAACAAUGGUAAAAUCGGUAAUGAGGUGACGGUAGAGCUAGUAUGUAAUGACGAGAAGAUCGCUCACGUGAAAGCACCGAGGAGGAAGCUGGUGAAGUCGAGCAAGAAAGACCGAGAGAAGCCAGAUGAUAUUACUGAAAGAGAUGGUGUUACUGAAAAAGAGAAUCCCGAAAAGGAGCUCAGAUUAAGGAUCGACGCCAUCAUUCAAGCGAAUUACUUACUGGAGCGCGAGAACGUUGUCGAGGAACUCGAAAUUGUGGAGCAUACUGACAGUCCCUCCGCUGCCGCCUCGACAAAAGCCUCUGCGAAAAACGCAGAGAAUAGCGAUAGCUCCGUGUGUAAUUCGGUGGAAGAAGAGGAGACGACGAGGAAGACGAGGAAUCGGACCUAUAAGAUCAGACAGGAUAUACAGAAGAAGUAUUUCUGCAUCAUAUGCGACGCGCGCUUCAAAGGUAGCGGUGGUCUGCGAAAUCACUACAAAGUGGUGCACGACACUGGACCGGUGUUCAAGUGCCACGACUGCGGCAAGGAGUUUAAGCUGAAGGAGCGAUUGAAGCUGCACGUGCGCAUGCACACCGGCUUCAAGCCGUACAAGUGUUCGGACUGCGACAAGGCGUUCGCGCGGGGUGGCCAGCUGUUGCAACAUCGUCGCACGCACACCCAGGUCAGACCGUUCCACUGCGAGCUGUGCUCCACCACCUUCACGUGCAUGGCCAAUCUGUCGCUACAUCUGAAACGUCACACCGGCCAAAAGGAUCACAAGUGCGACCUGUGCGGACGCGCCUUCGUGCGUCGCGACGCCCUGAAGAAACAUCUGGAGUGCCUGCACCGCGACGUCAAGUCCUUCCUCUGCGGGAUCUGCAACAAGACCUUCAAGGGUCACCUGCCGCAGCACAUGAGGACACACGCGAAGGACCGUCCGCACGGCUGUGCCACGUGCGGUCAGCGAUUCGCCCAGAAGUCCCAGCUGACCGUACACCAGAGGACCCAUUCCGGCCAGCGACCAUUUCGCUGCCUGGUCUGCUGGCAGGCCUUCGCUCAUUCGACCGCCCUGAAGCUGCACACCCGACGACACACCGGAGAACGGCCGUUCAAGUGUACCGACUGCAAUACCGGUUUCACUCAACUGCCACAUUGGAAGAAGCAUAUGAAGUGCGUACACGGCAGAGACAAUCCGUAUGGCUGCAAGCGUUGCAAGAACUUUUUCAGAAUUAAGAGCGAUCUGGAGAACCACGAGAAGACUUGCCAUCCAGAGGCAGAGGAGGAGGAUGACGAUGGCAACGUUUCCAGUAAACCGGCCGGCGGCUCCGAGAUCGUCGAGAAGACCUCUGUCACCGCGAAGUACAAGAUGAUGACGGUGGAGAAGAUGCGGCUGCUGCUGGCGGUCCUCCUGAAGAGGAUCAGUAGGCAGGAACGGUUGGACGAGCUCGGCUUCGGCAAACGUCUCAUCGACGACGUUCUUCAGGACUCCCUGGUGUCGGCUGGCAAGGAACCGGUCACGGGGAGCGGCUUGUCCGAACUUGAGGCUCUCACCCGGAAUCUAGAAAUCUUCCUGGAAUGGACAGUGCCGAAGGAGCACUUGGAGACUUUCCGCAAAAUGAAAAAGUCACCCGAAGAUAUUUUGGAGACGCUCACAGCUACGUAAACACGUUCAUCCAUUAACAAUAGCUUUAUUAUCUUCCUCUCGACGUGAAGAUUAGAAGAGUGAAAUGAAAUCGAUAUAGCAUAAUGUCAUCUCGCGCACGUUUGUUCGAAUGACAGCAAGUUUUUCUGCACUCGGUCUUAGCUUAACCAAAAUUUGCAUCAAAAUUUAAAUAUUUUGUCCGAAUUCUUUUUUUUUCUAAUACUUUAAUUUUUCAUCCAAUAUCAUAUGCGACUUUUAUCUGUGUAAACUUUUAUGUCUUUUUCUUUUCUUUUACAUUUAUAAUUUAUGAUUUAUCGCAAAAAUCUUUUAGGGAGUGAAAUAGAAUGCCGGAAACUGCAACUGGCAUGACCGCGGUCAUGAUAUGAUCUCUGCAUCCAUUAUGCUCAAUAAUGAUAGACUAAUAACGAUUUUCGAGAGAAUUCCAGAGAAUUAUUGAGUCAUUUUUAAUCGCAUUAAUCAGCCGACGAUAAAACGAUCGAAGUUUUCCGUGUGUGAUAUCUAAUCUAUCAGACGAAUGUUAAUUUCUGUGGUGCCAUGUGUCAUAAUACUUGCCAUACUAAAGUAUAGAAAUACCAGUGAGUACACCGUAUGAUUUAGGGAAGCUAAGUAAAAUCCUUUUAUUGUAGCGUAAGGUAAAUCGCAUCGGAGUAGAACAUGUAUUGUCAAGUUAAAUUAGCGAAAGCCAAAAGGACGUUUCUCAAACGACAGAAGCAAACCGCCGUGCUUCUUCGACAACUGAGAUAGAGUUAGACGUUCUCUUGCCAUAUCUGUUAAAAACAUGCAUGCACACUGGCGAGAGA